UUAAUUUAAGAACUUGGCUGAGCGCGCUACGAUCGAAAAUAAAAAUGAAUUUUUAGUUUAUUGAUUCUAUAAGACCGCUUAAGGCCGUCCCUAUACAUUCAAAUUUUUAUGUAAUACAAAACGCACACUAAAGCAAAUUUUAUCAUACGAUAACUACACGUACGGGAAGUAACGCACACACGCGCAAAUAUACAUAGAAAAACAGCUAUUCUCCUAGCUGUGUAACUAACAUUCUAUCUAUAAGCAAGUAUUAUAGAAAAAACUUCAAAAUAGUAUGGCUUCCCUCACUUUCCAACAACGUUAUAGGACAAUAGCACGGAAAUGUAUACGAUUACCUCGACGUUAACGUCGAAUAUCGUUCAAAGUUACCGGCGCUCCGUCUCUUUCUCGCAACCGAACGGUUUCGAGUUUUCCCGUUCACGAUCCAACUCAAAAUACGCCAAAAAUGACGUCGUGCCGAGCCAAUGUUUCGAAAACAGUGUCUCGCGUUUCUGUCUACGGAUACAGACACCGCGCGCUCGCUCGCUUCAUUUAUUUGGAAUUUUCCAACCCACUGAUUACUGCUUGUUGUAAGUUUUACAAAACAAAUUCAUAUCCGUUUCGUAUUUUUCGCGAUUAGCGCCAAGUAGGAAAGUCGUAAGUGGUACAAGCGUUAUGGUCGAAUAUCGCUCGGCAAGCAUGGUAAGCCGGCCGAUUGCAAGGGUCGCUGUCGCGGUGCUGUCAUCGCUCUGACGGAGUGUCAAUCAAAUCGGUGGGGUUAUACAUAGAAAAUUCUGACAGCUAGGAACCGUCACAACUCACAAGAAAUAAUGUCGUUUUUAUUACAUUUUUUGAUAAAAUAUUAUUCCAGUUUAGAACCGGCGACGACCCAACGGCACCAUCGAUUUUCUUAUUUGGCGCGCGACUAUAUUUUGUACUUUUUCGAAAGGUCCACGGCCGUGCGUCUAGGCGCUUUCGAAAAACGUUUUAUAAGUAUUUUCUCAGCGGCGAACGGACGUCGAGCGCGGUGCCGUAAAUUGGUAAUAAUUCCGUUGAUUACACAGUAAUACGACGCCCGAAUAUGGGUUAGUGCUCCGCGAGGAAUUCAGAGUCCGCGCGACAUUGGACUUUUGAUAGAUAAAUUGUUUUGAAAUGUUCGGUGGUGAUAGUGUGGUGCACAGUUUCUCUAUUUUGUUUGUUUGAUAGUUGUGUGUAGUGCAUUCUUAGCGUGAAAGUGCGCGGUUGAAUUGUGUUAUUGUGGUGUAUUGCCGCUGUUACUGUGAGCUGGUGGAUUGGAUGCAAGGACCUCGUCGGCGCGAGCCAGUACCUAAAGAACAUUCCAGACCUACAAAUUAAAUAUAAGACAAUAACCGACCAAAUAGUAGAUAUAGCCAGGGACAUGAAGAUGGUGCCACAACAGUACUGCUUGCGGUGGAAACACCACCACUCCAAUGUGCAGAACAUGUUCGCUCAGCUGUUGGCUAAAGAGCGAUUCUGCGACGUGACGCUGUACUGCUCGCCCAGCUUCGCUACACAGGUCGACAGCAGCAAGGACCUGGUCGACCCGGACAGCAUCCGCGGAGUCUCGCUACGAGCACACAGAGUCGUCCUAGCAGCAUGCUCGGAGCUCCUCGGGGCGUUGCUGGGUGCCCAUGAGGCACAGGGCGAGCCCGUGCUCGUCAUAGACGGGGCGGAACCUAAGCAUCUGAAGGCGCUGCUCGACUAUAUGUACACGGGAGAAAUGAACGUACAUCAUUCGCAGCUGGCGAGCCUGCUAAAGACAGCCGAGGAGCUGCGGAUCAAGGGGCUCACGGAUAUCCGGUGGAACAACAAGGACGAGCCGCCCGACACAGAUUCCCUAACAACAACGACGACAGCCACCAACGAACCAAAAAAGCCACAGGACAACGCGAAACCCGACAAACCCGAGUCGAAGAGGCCCAGACCCGAGCCGCAGGCGAAGCGACCCGAGCGGCCCGAGAGCAGCGCCACGCCCGAGGAGAAGGCGGAUAGCGAUGUGGAAGUGAAGCCUGAGAAGUUUAGCGUCAACGGUGGUCCGCCGCCGCUGAUCAAACUGCCGACCAAAGAAAAGACGAGCCCACCGAAACGGGAACUCUCUGACACGGAAAGUCCCAGUCCGAAGCGGCAAAGAAUGACAAGCAUAAAUGAAAACUCUGAAGACAAGGACAUAACGGCGGAGCGGGUGGUCGGGUGGGGCGCCGGGUCGGCGGGCUCCUGGGAGCGAGACGGGUCCGACGACGAGUGGGCCGACGCGCCCGCCGACAUCGGCUCCUUCCUGCACACCAGGCUCCGGGUCGACGGGGACAACAGCGCGGGCUCCGGGUCGACGGGGACAACAGCGCGGGUGAGUGAGACGGCAGUGUGGGAGCGAGACGGGUCCGACGACGAGUGGGCCGACGCGCCCGCCGACAUCGGCUCCUUCCUGCACACCAGGCUCAGGGUCGACGGGGACAACAGCGCGGCGCGGGUGAGUGAGACGGCAGUGUGGGAGCGAGACGGGUCCGACGACGAGUGGGCCGACGCGCCCGCCGACAUCGGCUCCUUCCUGCACACCAGGCUCCGGGUCGACGGGGACAACAGCGCGGCGCGGGUGAGUGAGACGGCAGUGUGGGAGCGAGACGGGUCCGACGACGAGUGGGCCGACGCGCCCGCCGACAUCGGCUCCUUCCUGCACACCAGGCUCAGGGUCGACGGGGACAACAGCGCGGCGCGGGUGAGUGAGACGGCAGUGUGGGAGCGAGACGGGUCCGACGACGAGUGGGCCGACGCGCCCGCCGACAUCGGCUCCUUCCUGCACACCAGGCUCAGGGUCGACGGGGACAACAGCGCGGCGCGGGUGAGUGAGACGGCAGUGUGGGAGCGAGACGGGUCCGACGACGAGUGGGCCGACGCGCCCGCCGACAUCGGCUCCUUCCUGCACACCAGGCUCAGGGUCGACGGGGACAACAGCGCGGCGCGGGUGAGUGAGACGGCAGUGUGGGAGCGAGACGGGUCCGACGACGAGUGGGCCGACGCGCCCGCCGACAUCGGCUCCUUCCUGCACACCAGGCUCAGGGUCGACGGGGACAACAGCGCGGCGCGGGUGAGUGAGACGGCAGUGUGGGAGCGAGACGGGUCCGACGACGAGUGGGCCGACGCGCCCGCCGACAUCGGCUCCUUCCUGCACACCAGGCUCAGGGUCGACGGGGACAACAGCGCGGCGCGGGUGAGUGAGACGGCAGUGUGGGAGCGAGACGGGUCCGACGACGAGUGGGCCGACGCGCCCGCCGACAUCGGCUCCUUCCUGCACACCAGGCUCAGGGUCGACGGGGACAACAGCGCGGAUGAGGAGUCAAACGAGGGUGCGCCAGCGUCCACAUCAUCAUCAGCGGGCGCCUCCGCCAUCGACCUGCCCAACAUGCAGGGCAAACCCUUCAGCGUGGUACCAAAACAACCCAUAACCGAGACGUCGGGUCCUAAAUCGGGUCCCGCCGACCCGCGCUUCACGGACGUCGUGAAACUGAACGACUACCUGCGUCACGGACGACGACCGCAGUUCUGGGAGGAGAAUUACGUCAAACGGGUGAUGGAAGCAGUCCGAGUGAAAGAACUCGAGAUGAAACAAGCGGCGGAGAUACUGGGCGUCAGCUACGGAACCCUCUACGGACGAUACCGGGAUGUCUACGGAUGCAUAAACCGCCCUUACCGAACCGCUCGCGACUUCUGGCAAGCCAAAGGCCCCUCGGAGGUCCUGGAGCGCCUGCAGCGCGGGGAGCUGUCGCUCGACGCCGGCGCCACCGCGCUCGGGGUCUCCACCUCCAACCUGGCCGCCUACAUGGCCGACCUCAACCCUGUCGAGCGAGGUACGCCGCCUGCAUACAAGAACAUAGACUCAGAAUUCGAGCCGAUCCCAAUCGAGAUAGACCCGUCACUCACGCUCAAGUCGUACACCAACCUAGUAAAGACUAUGAGGAAAAACAUUAACCCCACUAUACCGCCCGACAAGCCGAAGAAAAUCCUCAUAAACAGCAUAACGGACGAAGACCCGAUCCCGGCGACGGUGAUCACCACCAGCGACGGCAAAAAGCCCGCCACCGCCACCGCGACCGCCACCACGCCGCCGUUGGGCAGUAAGUGGCCGUCCAUCCGCGUGGCGUCGCUCGAGGCGCUCCGCGGGGACGCCGCCCCCUCCCCCUCCCCCUCGCCGUCCCCCUCGCCCUCGCCCAGCCUCCUCAUGAGGACCCGACCCGACCUGACCAUAGUCGCCGCCAAGAAGCCCGACAAGCGGGACGAGACGUGAUCGCACACCUAAUGCACGGUCGCCACGAGCCAUCCCUCGUCUACCGACCAAAAUCUCUGGCUAUUACACUUCGUAGUCUACCCUUAG